ACACUGCGUUAGAAUUUUAUCCCUAGUGCAGUCCCGAGAACUGUCAAGCGUUUGGAUUUGGAUCAGAUGAUCAGAUAUGCCAGACAUGCCAGACAUGGAAGCUGACGAUCGGGGGCAGAGCGACGAUUAUUAUCUGGAGUUGUCUGCUGAUCCUAUCAGGUUCGAAUCAGUCAGCUGCCUCACGAAUGUGUUUUUCGAUGAUUCGAAACAGCAAGUAUUUGCAGUUCGCUCAGGUGGUGUUACAGGAGUGCUCGUUAAGGGCCCGGACCAGAACUUAAGUUUUCGGAUGGAGGACAGAGGCCCGGUAAUAUCUAUCAAGUUCUCUCCUGAUAUGAACGUUCUUGCGAUUCAACGCACUAAUUCAUCAGUGGAAUUUGUCAAUUAUUCCUCUGUAUCCGGCUUGGAUCAUGUUGAGUACUCUCAGCCAUGCAAAGGAAAGAACGCCACAAUAUUGGGUUUUGUUUGGACACAUGGCACUGAAAUACUUGUAGUCACGGAUCAUGGUGUAGAAUUGUUUCAUGUUAAUCCAGAGAAACGUACUAUUAAAGCACUAAAGUGCUUAAGUUUAGGGGUAAAUUGGUUUGUAUUCUGCCCUAAAAGUUAUUUAGUAUUAUUAUCAUCUGGCACAGUUGGUAAUCAAAUACAAGCAUUGAAUGUUACACCUGGGAAUCUUCAUAAAUUAACUAAGUUCGAAAUUGAGCAUAGUAUAACGAAACCAGGGAAACUGGCUGUUUCUGAAAGAGAUGUUGCAUUGGCUGUAUUAUAUGGAACGCCUUGUAUAAUUUUGUUAAGGCAUCAACCAGGAGCUAACCGCUCAAUGGGAACAGCAUUUGUAUACAUUUAUACUGUACAUAAGAUGAUGACUAUCAAAAAGAGUCAUAUGUUAAAAUUGGAUGUUAGUGGCAGAUUUGCUAUAAAUGUUGUUGAUAAUCUCAUCAUUGUUCAUCAUCAAGCAUCAAAGACAUCAAUGAUAUUUGAUAUCAUGUUGUCUGGGGUGAGUGAUGGGACAGUAAUGCAUCAUACCAGUGUAACUAUGGCAAAACCAAUUAAACCAUUUAAUCUUAAAGUACCGGGUACAACCUUAUCCGAUCAGAUGUAUCAGCCAUGUCAGUUAUAUUCUCCUAAUUGGGUUGUUUUUCAACCAAAUAUAAUAAUUGAUGUAAAGUUGGGUUGUUUAUGGUAUAUCGAGCUCAGAUUGGAAGCUUUGGUGAAAUUAAUUACAGAUAAAGUACUCCUUGUAGAAUUUUUAAUGCAGCGGUCGAAUGCUAAGCAGAUAUUAAUACAAGUCUUGCAGAGUCUUAUGACGCAGUUACCUGUAAGCUUAAUGGAGAUGCCAACUAUAUUUGAUAAACUUAAUUUUGUAUACAGAAAUUAUCUAGAAAGCGAAAUACAAAAUCAGAUGGGAACACCUUUGCAAAAUAAUGUAAAAAAUAUAACAAUAGUGGCUGAAAAUUUUAAGUAUAAAUUAUUACUCGAUCAAAGCGACAUGUACAGUCAUAUAUUAUCCAAAUUUCCUGAAGACACAAUAGACCCAAAGAUGAUAAUAUGGGUUCUGCUUGAAUAUAUCAGAUCAUUAGCUGAACAUGGAAUACCGGUGCAACAUUACUUGCACGAAUUGAUCAUCACAACGCUGGUACAUCGAAAGGCUUACUAUCAGCUCCAUCAAUUGUUACAAUAUCACGUGGUCGCUGAUUCGAAGCCUUUAGCCUGCUUGCUACUUUCUUUGGAGAACUUGUAUCCGGCAGCACAUCAGUUGGCAUUGGAUAUGCUGAAGCGAUUGGGCAACGCACAUGAAGAGAUAAUUGAAGUGCUCUUAUCUAAAGGACAUAUUUUGGCUGCCUUGCGAUACAUUCGUUCAGUUGGGAUGGUAGAUCAGAUAUCUGCAAGAAAAUUCUUAGAGGCGGCGAAAGCUACUGACGAUGCGACACUUUUUCAUUCGGUUUUCAAGUUCUUUGAACAACGCAAUUUGAGAUUGCACAAUACCACGGCUUUUACAAGAGGAGAACAUUGUCAGCCAUAUGUCCAGUAUUUCAAAUACCUAUUCCAUGGAACAGACAAUGAAUGCAAUUCCGACACGAACUCGAAUGUUACCACUAUUUCUUCAUAGGAUCAAUAUUAAUGUUUGUAUAGCAUAUAUAAAAGCAAUAGGUAGUAAUUUAUCUCUUUAUUUUUAUUUAUACACAUGACACACACACACAUACACACAUAUGGGUUAUUUAUUAUUGAAGAGAGAGAAGAAUAAGAAAGAAAGAGAAACUCAAUGUUUGUAGUGACAUGUGUAAUAUUUAUCUAUCAGAGUAAUUUUCCAUUUUCACUUUUUUACUCUAACAAAAUCCAUGUUGCAAGAUUCUCUUUAGUGCGUAAAUUUUAUAUUCAAGAUUUCUACAAAGUAUAUAAAGUUUCUUUAAUAAUAUUUGAUAUAGUGAGACUUUCUUUUAAUGUAAAUGAAAUAUAAUCAAAAUUAAUUUCUUUUUUACAAAAUAAUCAAUUUUGUAAUCAAAUCCGUUUUUCUUUUUUGAUAUAUUUUGGGAUAAUAUUACACACAUACACACAAGUUUUUUAAUUAAUAACCAAUUAUAAUCGUCUUUUGUGACAUUGUAUGGUAAAAGGUAAAUGAGUUGGUCGCCAAUCAAUGUUGAAGUACAAUAUUCAGUGAAGUUGUGACAACAGGAGGAUGUUAAAUUGUGUAGAUAUCAAGUGAAAAAUACAGUAAUAUUUAUGUAUACUAAAUAUGAUUGGUUGCAAUAAGUUAUAGAUUAUACGGUAACAGGUGCUGCAUUUUUAAUUAAAUCUAGAGAGUGAUAAUGGAGUGGAUAGGUGAAAGUGGAAAAUAUAUACUUCAAGCAAAUCACAAAUGCAAGUGCUUUUUUAUUACGAUUAAGCCGCAAUUGCAACUGAAUAAUGUCGAACGCACAGUUCUAUUAACUAAUUAGAUUUGCGCGAUUGCAAAAAUAUUCAAGUUGUCAAAGUAGCAUGCACUUUGACAAAACAAAGAAUUGCGAAUGAAGUGCUUACACUUGAAAAAACUGUGAGAUACUUAGAGAUUGGUCAUAGAAACAUAUUGUGCUUUGUCUGUUUCAUCUACGAUAUAUCUAUUAUUUGCGGUAAGUCAAGCGACUCCGGAAUUGUUUACAAUUAUUUGAUUUAGAAAAUAAAUUGCGACCUAAUAAAACCAUUUGCUAUCCUCU